ACCUCGAUCCUCUAACAUUCUAUUAUACUAAUUACCAUCUCCCUCCAACUUGCUCUAUUCUAUCUACUUUGACUCCCUCAAACCCUCUUAAUUCCCUUCAGUCUCCAUUGUUCUGCUCCUGUCUCCUUCUUUGGCCUAUAUUCAUUCCGAUUUUGCGAUUCAUUCAAAGAUGGGGGAAGCGUGUUCGCCGUUGUGGACGCCCAAGAUGAACAAGCUGUUCGAGGUGGCGCUGGCGAUGUACGACGAGGACACCCCGGACCGAUGGGAGGUCAUUGCCGACGUUGUCGGGGAAGGCACUACCCCCGACGAAGUGCAGAGCAGGUACCAGUGCCUCGUCGAUGACGUGGAGCGGAUCGAGACCGACGAUGUCCCCCUCCCCUUCUAUGAUGAUGACGACGAUGAAGAUGAAGACUGCUCCUCCGACUACGAUUACGAUUACGACGACGACUUCUCCGACGAGGAACAGAGGUUGAAGGAACUGGAGCUGGAUUGAUAGCUUAGAUCAAGCUGCAAAUUUUGGACUGCAUCUGAUGAACUUCAAUCUUGGGUUUCAUUUUCGUUUAUUUUUUUGUUAUGGUUGCCCCCCAAAUUUUGCUUUGGUAUGGUCAGUGGGGGGAGCUAAGUACGAAGGGUUUUCUCCUUGGAAUCGACCCGAGGAAGACUCUCCUUGACUUUGGAACUUAUUUUUCUUCUUUUUGUCUGCAACGGCGGCAAGAGAGAUGUUUGGCUGUGUGCGUCUUAAUAUCCAUCGAUUCAGACAAUAAUAAAUUAUCA